UUGAAAUCCUCUCUCACAACAAAACUCAUUCUCAGUCUCACUUCCCUUUCCGCCUCUCUCUCAAAAGUCGCCGUCACAAUGAAAUCAAUCAACCGUCUCAUCUCCGUCACAAAGCGCCUAACCACCGAACUCCGCCACGAAACCCUCCUCCCUUUCAGAACAUUCUCAACCACAAUUUCCGGAUCAUCAUCAUCCUCCUCCUCCUACGACGCCAAUUGGGAAACACCAUCCACAUGGUCAACCGGUUUAACAAAAGAUCACUUCAAUGGCGAAGAAACAAUCUCAGAUCUACAAGAAAUGGAAGAUAAACUACAAGAACUCGAACAAGAGAAUCGGAAAAGCAAAUCGUAUGUUGAUAGUUGGAAACAACGAAUGAGUGAUACUUGUGUAUUGUUGAAACAAGUUCAAGAACCUGGUGCUAGAGGUUCGUAUUUGAAAGAUAGUGAAAAAGCUGAAAUGUAUCGAUUGCAUAAGAAAAAUCCUGAGGUUUAUACUGUUGAAAAACUUGCUAAGGAUUAUAGGAUUAUGAGACAGAGAGUUCAUGCUAUUCUUUGGCUUAAGGAGCUUGAAGAAGAAGAAGAGAAGAAGCUAGGUCAAAAACUUGAUGAUUCUGUUGAGCUUUUGCUUGACACUUGUCCUGAAUUUUUUAUUUCUCAUGAUAGGGAGUUCCAUGUUGCGUCUCUUCCUUAUAAGCCUGAUUUCAAGGUGAUGCCUGAGGGGUGGGAUGGCAUUACCAAAGAUUUGGAUGAAGUUCAUUAUGAAAUAUCCAAAAAGGAGGAUGAUAUGCUUUAUCGAGACUUUGUUGAGAAGAUGAACUUCAACAAGAAGAAAAUGGCUGGAGAGGUGAAAUGCCACAAGUAUAGUCGACGACGCCCUGAAGAUGGAUGGACUUUUACUGUAGAGAAAAUGGGAUCCCGGGGGAAGCGUGGAGGUGGUGGGGGCUGGAAAUUUGUUAGCAUGCCUGAUGGAUCGACCCGACCACUGAAUGAGAUGGAGAAAAUGUAUGUGAGACGAGAGACUCCGCGCCCGCGACGAAGGAUCCUUCCUUGAUUACAUUUUUUGUUUGUUUUGACUAGCUGUUAACAUUAGAAUUUUUUAGUUCAUUGCAUCCAAUGGUUUGAGAUAUGCAAAUGUAUUGUUAUUUGUUUAUCCUUUUUUGGGGGGUUGAGUUAUCCAAUCUUUUAACUAAUCCUUUUCUCAAGUUAUGCACAAUGAUGUCAAUAAUUAAGAUCCUCUUUGUUGUCAAGAAAAA